AUGGCGGGUGAGGCGGCAUCCGAAGCGAACGUUUAUCCGCCCGAAGAAAGUGAUAUCUGUAGGACCGAUGGUAAUGGGAACGAUCAGUCGCAUGAAAGUGAGGGGGAUUAUAUAGCGCUCAAGAAAUGGGAACUAGGAUUUCUGAGGCGAGAAUGUGUCAAUCUUGGCCUGGAAACCUUCUAUCUCAAGUAUAUGGAGCGGGUACAGCGAAGCUACCUGUCCAUCUUUGUGGUGCUGCAAACGUUCGUCAGUAUAUCGCAUGUGAUCGUCAUUGUCACUGGAAAGCAGCAUCCCACGGCCGCCAUACACCCAGAUCUUAUCUGUUACACCUUCGGUAUACUUAUCGUCUGGAUAUCGUUGUUUGCCGCGUUCAAGGAAGGACUAGUGAAAGCUCGACCCUGGGUACCCUACGUUUCAUCCAGCAUUGCCGUUAUUACGAUGAUCGUUACCGAUCUAACGAUCCCUCUGUACCAUGCUGUGGUAACGUUUAUAAAUCCUCCAUUGAGACCAUCCUACGCAAGCCACACAAUCCUGGCCAUUUACAUCUUCCUACCGCUUAGUGAGAAUAUCCAUGGGAUCAUACUGGGUAGUACGACGUCCGUGUGCUACCUGAUCGUGAUGACGCUAAUCACUUAUCGGCUAGAGGAGAAUACAGCGUUGAAGGUGAUAACUGAGCUGAUUUAUUUCAUCUGUCUAAACCUGUUCGGGCUCUACUUUCGGCUGAUCAAUGAGGUGGCCAUAAGACGCACGUUUCUCGACAGACGGGAGCUGGUGGAGGGAAAUCUUUUGCUUAAAUUUGCUCGCAAUCAAGAGAAAGAGCUUCUACUGAGCAUUUUGCCCGAACACACAGCUGAGCUGAUGGAAAAAGAUAUUCGGGCGAUGAUAGAAAAGAUACGCCACGAUCAGCACAACGCUAACCAGACGAUUAACGCACAUAACCUCUUCCGAACGGGGACGCAAUGGCGAUCGAUCAAUAAACUAUAUGUUCAGAAAUACACCAACGUAACGAUCUUGUACGCCGACGUAGUCAACUAUACGCACAUGACGACACAGCUACCCGUACGAACAUUGGUGGACGUUCUGCAUGAGCUGUUCGUCAAGUUCGACGACGCGUCAAAGGAGUUCAACGUGCUUCGAAUUAAGUUUCUGGGCGACUGUUACUACUGCGUGUCGGGAGUUCCCGUGCGGAACAAGUACCACGCAAAAAGCUGCGUUAAUCUGGGCCUGCGUAUGAUCAAGGACAUAAGAGAUGUGCGAAUGUCGCGCGAUCUUAACAUCGACAUGCGUAUUGGAAUCCACAGUGGAAGCAUCAUCUCUGGAGUGAUUGGAGCUUGCAAGUGGCAGUAUGAUAUCUGGUCUAAGGACGUCAUUAUUGCCAACAAGAUGGAAUCUACCGGCGAGGCAGGGAAAGUUCACGUAACAAUGCAAACACUGGAGCUGCUUGACGGAGAAUACAUUUUCGAAGAAGGAACACCGCAAGCCAAGGAAGAUCCUGUGCUAGUGAAACAUAACAUUCAAACGUUCCUAAUUGUACCACAACCUGGCUACGAUGACGGUUCGUUUUUUACCGUUCAAGAACCGGGUCCAAGCAGUCGGAUGUCCAGCGGUGUCAAGCGGAAAACCAUCAAGAAAGAACGCAGCCUAGUCACGAGAAAUUUUAUGCAAAAUUCAAUGGAACAGUUUCGGGAGAUCAUGAAACUAACUAACGUUGAAAUGGCCUACGAACUAGAGAGGAUGCCUAUCGGAAGGUUUCAGUUCAACAAACUCUUCUCGUCCUACAAAAGUUACAUUCAAGAACCGUCUCACGAACCUGCUAGAGCCCCGGAAGUAUCUCGUAAUGACAGCUCUGAACCACGAAACAAUGAAGUGGAUACAAAUCGUCUGGAUAAUAUGUCCCCAUUUUUCAUGUGCUUUGAAAACAAACGUUGGGAACUAUCGUACUUACGGGAACCGGACCUGAUGCUCAAGUACAGCGUGUUGAUGAGCUUUAUCGUGUUCGUUUGCAUACUGUUGAUACAAAUACUGAACGAUGCGUCUGGCGCUUACUUCUGGUUUCUGAAUGGUUUCUCUGGAGCACUGCUGCUCGCCUUCAUUCCCAUUACCUGGUUCAAAAAGGUUUGGGAUGUCUACACACCGUACUCGAUCGACGAUCUGCUGCGCGUGAGAAAACCCCAAUCAAAAGUCAUGCGGGUAUUCUAUGACUUUUCCAACGAUAUCAUGAGCAACUUCAUCAUUCGCACUGUGAUCUACCUUAUCACGAUCGCCCUGUUAGUCGUGUGUUCGCUGAUGUAUCUCAUCGAGUGUAAUUAUGAUCUUCUGGAGCAGAUCGAGGCGGGUGAAAUCCCUGCUUUCAGCGAUAACACUACCAGUUUAUUCCAGGCGGGAAGAGCGACACGUGAAGUGGUGGACAAGAGGUUCUGCACAAAUCCUUGGUCCGUUACACAAUGCCUGACAUUGGCAAUCGGCAUGGCGUUCCUGUUUCUUCGGAUUCAUUUUCUCCUGAAGGCUUGUGUUGGUUUGAUGAUUUUCUUGUUCUACUGCUGGGCCAUUUUUGACGAGCUGUAUUACUUUUUCGAUAGCAGUGCUAGCAUGAACCCAGGCCUAGAUCCGAAGGCAUCUCAUUUGAUGCUUAUCCUGUUCAUUGUGAUAAUAUUUCAUUGGAUCGAUCGACAAUCAGAAUACAUCGCUCGGACAGAUUACAACUGGAAGCAGCAGCUAUUAAAGCAGAAAGAGGAAGCCGAAGUAACGAAGCAGACGAACAAAAUUCUGGUGGAAAACAUUCUACCGACGCACGUGGCCGAGAUAUACAUAAACCGCCAACUGAAAAAUGAGUUCUACAACGAGGAAUACGAGAACGUGGCGGUUAUGUUCGCGACCAUUACGAACAUGGAAGUGAACACGGACAUCUCGGUAGAGAAUGAGAAGAGCGUGCUGAAGGUUUUGAACGAAAUCAUCUGCGAUUUCGAUGAGCGAUUGCAGUACUUCGAUGGGUACCUUAAGGUGGAGAAAAUCAAGGUCGCCGGCUGGACGUACAUGGCCGCAUGUGGACUUGAUCCGGGACGAUGCGAUUCAUCCUCGUCGCUCAGCGGAUAUCGCUCGGUAUCUGGCAUGACGCGAACUUCUCUCAUGACUAACGGCCGCCGAAGUCUUAAUCCGCGAACUUCGCUGGAGGCAACCAACAAGGCGAGUACGAGUACCAGAAGCAAUUCGAGCAGCUGUCGACAGAGCAACAAUGUUACGAUCGUAAUGGCUGAGUUUGCGCUGGAACUGAUGCGAGUGUUGCGUGAUUUCAGUAACGAAAAUUUUAAACAAACCAGCCCGGGUUUGCUGCGAGUCGGAAUUUCCCACGGUAAAGUCAUGGCUGGUGUUGUCGGCUCGAGCAAGCCGCUUUAUGAUAUCUGGGGCAAUGCGGUGAACAUGGCGUCAAGGAUGGACUCGACCGGGAAACCGGGCAGGAUACAAGUCACGAAGGAUAGUGCAGAAGUUUUGGAAAGCUACGGAUACCAGUGUGAUUACCGUGGACAAAUUUUUGUGAAGGGACGCGGAAAAAUACCGACUUAUUUUCUAAAAAUUAGCAAAGAUAUGAAUUUCAUCAAAAAAUCAUGUCCAGCUUCAAACGGCAAUGCUCACGGUGAACAGAUCACAACAAAACUGUAA